AUGUCACAACAACAACAACAAGAUACGACUACUACUACUUCAACAACUGUUGAUGAACAACAGCAACAGGAAGAUGAACAGUUGGUUACACCUUGGGAGGUAUCAUCAAAGGGUGGAAUCGAUUAUAACAAAUUGAUUGAUAAGUUUGGUUCGACAAAGAUUGAACCAGCGUUGAUUGAGAGAUUCGAACGUGUCACUGGCAAGCGUGCACAUCACUUUUUGAGAAGAGGCAUCUUCUUCUCUCAUAGAGACUUGGUGGAGAUAUUGGACGCAUACGAAGCUGGCAAGCCAUUCUAUCUGUACACUGGACGUGGACCAUCGUCAGGCUCACUGCACUUUGGUCACUUGGUGCCAUUCAUCUUCACCAAGUACCUCCAGGACGUCUUUAACGUGCCCCUCGUCAUUCAGAUGACCAACGACGAGAAGUACUUAUGGAAGGAUAUCACCCUCGAUGAGGCCUUGCAGUUCACCAUCAACAACGUCAAGGAUAUCAUUGCACUUGGUUUCGAUAUUGAAAAGACCUUCAUCUUCUCAAACGUCGAGUACAUCGGUCAUCUCUAUCCAAACGUCAUCAAGAUUGGCAAGCAUGUUACAUUGAAUCAAAUUAAGGGUAUCUUUGGCUUUGGUGACUCUGAUGCAUGUGGCAAGUUUGCCUUCCCUCCAGUCCAGGCAGCACCAGCUUUCGCAGACUCGUUCCCUCAUAUCUUCUCACCAACAGACCCCGCCACAAAGUCCAUCAGAUGUUUGAUUCCCUGUGCAAUCGAUCAGGAUCCAUACUUUAGAAUGACACGUGAUAUUGCGCCAAGACUCGGCUAUCCCAAGCCCAGUUUGAUACACAGCAAGUUCUUCCCCGCUUUGCAAGGACACAACACCAAGAUGAGUGCAUCUGAUGCCAAUAGCGCAGUCUAUCUCUCAGACACACCACAACAGGUCAAGGACAAGGUCACCAAGCAUGCCUUCUCCGGUGGUCGUGACACCAAGGAGGAGCAAGAGAAAUAUGGUGCCAACCUCGAGGUCGACGUCUCUUACGAGUAUCUAAACUACUUCCUCGAAGACGAUGAGCUGUUGAAGGACAUUGGAGAGAAAUAUGCUUCUGGCAAGUUGUUGACAUCACAGGUCAAGCAAAGAUUGGUGGAGAUCAUGGUUGAGAUCAAUCGUAGACAUCAAGAGGCGAGAGCAAAGGUGACUGAUGACAUUGUAAAGGCAUUCAUGACUGUCAGGAAGCUGAACUUCUAG